AUGCAAGAUGGUAGGGCCGAAGAAAGUUACUCGGAACCAGAAAAUGAAAUUGCGGAACACUUGAGUAAAAAUAAACAAUAUCCAUCGGAGAGUGAUGAAAUAAAGGAGAAAACUCAAGGAAAGGAUGAGAAUAGGUUGGAUAUGUUGAAAAAUAGACUGAAGUUUGAAUACAGUUUCUCCAAUCAGUGUGCUGUAGUUUAUGCCAGAUGUAGUUAUUUGGAAAGGCGAGAACUUUGGAGGUCGUUACAAUUGGAUGCCGUGCAAGACACUCCUUGGCUAUGCCUUGGAGAUUUCAACAUUAUUCGCAGGGAGGAGGAGAGAAGAGGCGGGAGACCUCGUUUGAGGAUUGUUAUGGAUGAUUUUAAUGAGUUUAUUGAUACUUGUGGACUCUUGGAAAUGAAGUUGGUAGGAAUGGUCUUUGCAAACGGGGGUAGAGCCUCCCUGCAAACCAUUUCUGACAUAUUUGCCUUGUAUGAAAGCUGGUCGGGGCAAGUGGUUAGUAAGGAGAAAUCAUCAAUUUUUUUCCCCAAGUAUGUCAAUUCGGCCCGAAAAAGAAAUCUUCUUCAGUUGACCUCCUUCUCGGAAUGCCUUUUUCCGGUUAAAUAUCUGGGUGUCCCUCUCUUUAGUGGAAGGGUAAAUGUGUCUUAUUUUGAGGAUUUACUGAACCGUAUUCGUGAUCGUCUAGAGGGGUGGCAAAAUAGGCUCCUAUCAGCUGGUGCUCGUCUCCUUUUACUACACCAUGUGGUAUCAAGCAUUCUGGUCCAUCUACUCUCAGUGGUUCAUGCUCCCAAGAAAGUGGUCUCCUCGCUAAACAGGAUCAUGAGUAAUUUUUUCUGGGGUACCUCAAAUGGCAAACAGAAGCGUAAAUGGGUGGCUUGGCAAAAGGUUUGUAUGCUGACCAAGGAAGGGGGACUGGGCCUAAGAAAAUUUGAAGAAGUUCAGUCUUCACUAUUCAUGAAGCUUGCUUCGAAUCUGUUGUCCCGUGUCUCUCUAUGGGCAAAUUUUUUCAGGAAGAAAUACUGUAAAGGAGAGCAUGUGACUUUAGUUGAUAACACUAAACGAUCACCUCUUUGGAAAUGUAUAAUGACCAUGGUUCCGAAUAUUAUUAAUAAUGCUUGGUGGCGGAUUAAGGAAUGA